AUGAGUUUAAACAAAAACACCAACAAAGUGUCAGUCGAUUCUGAUCAUAGUAAAGAAAUAUCGAAUUCUCUUAUAUAUCGUCUUGCUACAAUAGAUGAUUGUGAUUCAUUAGAAAAUUUAAUAAAUAAUGCUUAUCGUGGUGAAUUCUCACAUCAAGGUUGGACAAAUGAAGAUAAAUUAAUUCCUGUGCCAAGAACAAAUGCCAAUGCAUUAUUUGAUAUGAUUAAUAAUAAUAAAUACAGUUUUUUGGUAUUUUUUGGUGAUGUCGAUCAAAUAUUAAAAGGAUGUGUUAACUUACUACACAAAGAAGAGACGAAAACUGCACUAAUAGGUAUGCUUACUGUGCGUCCAGAUUUGCAAGCAAGAGGUUAUGGAAAAUUCAUUUUAUCCAUUGCUGAAAAUUAUGCUAUAAACAACUGGAAUGUUGAAUAUAUUGAAAUAAACUCAAUUGUUCAAAGACCGGAAUUAAUAGCCUAUUAUACUCGCCGUGGUUAUAUUGAUACUGGUCGUCGUUUACCAUUUCCAAUUCAACUAUCAAAGUUCGAUUCAUCUAUGCGAGAUGACUUAGAAAUUUGUGUUAUGAGGAAAUGUGUCAAAAAAUAUUCAACAAAUGAAGAAAUAUAA